AUGGAAUCUUGGAAAUCAAUUGAAAGAUGCUUCCAGGAGGCCAUGCAGUGCGGCCGGUUGCACAUGCUCGGCACUCUUUUGCGCAUUCAAAAUGCCAUUGCCAUCUGCGACAUGAGCCUCAGCGAAAUUUUGCAACUCCUUCCGGCGUGGCUCUUGCCAAAGAAGAGUCACUGGUUCGUCCGCUGGCUGCACGCAGCGUGGACGUUACCAGGAUGUUUCAUUGCCGACGAAGCCGCCAUCAAGCAAACUUGGGAGGCGAUGGGUGCUUCGGGCCUUCGUUUGCGCUUGUUUUGCAGAAAUGUGGUCAAGGCUUCUUCGCAACUUCACGUGACAGACGCCAGUGGAUGGUUCGUGAGCCAUGCUGAAGAUGACCUUUCGAUGCUCCAUUUGCAGAACGAUGCACGGCUUUGGGCAACUGCGAAAGACCUCGCAAGGCACAGGCACGUGCUUAGUCAAGCCGCCUUCCAAAAGCGGCAAACCAGUCUCGGAAUGAGGUAUGCGCCUCACGGUGUGCUUUUCGAUGGGACUCUGGAGAGCGAGGUUUUCCCCAUCUCCUGGACCAUGUUCGACUGGAUGCAUAACUUUCUCGUAUCUGGUAUUUUCCAAGUCGAGGAAUUUGCCGGGGCUUUCUCAUCUGUGGGGCUGUCGCCCAUUUGCUCGUCCUUCUCCACUGCCGUGACUCCUGCAAUCCGAAGUGCGAUUCUGCGAGCUCAUCUCAUCUCCGACUGGGGAUUACAAUCAGUUCUUGCGUUCGUGAUGCCAGUCCUAGGAUCGGCGAGACAAAGGUUCCAGGCCCUCCCCGACGUAGCGCAGCACCUGCUGUUGGCCGUACUUCACUGGCUCUCAGUGUACCCAGCUUUGCGAGGAUUCUUGGAAGACUUGCAACCUCAGUUCCCUAACCGGCGGAUGUUGUUGGCAGCUGAGUGCUUUUAUCGUCUCUGCGAUGUGCUGGACUUGCUGGCCCGCGCAUCCACAGGUCACCUACAGGGCAGCGAUUUGCGCCGCGCCGUGCUGCAGCAUUUGCGCAGCUUUAAAGCCCUCUACGGCGAAGACAGGCUCCUGCCGAAGGAGCACUUCAAUGUGCAUCUGCGCGACAUGCUGGAACGGCAUGGGGCUCUGUUUUCGUGCUUCGUGCACGAGCGGCGGCGCAAGGAACUGAAACGGUACGCGACGCACGCGAACCAGCUGACGUCCAUGACUUCUGGAUCGGAGGAACAUGUCAUGGAGCUGGCGCUGGAGAAGAAUUUCCAGUCUCUGGAGGAGUAUACUGAGAAUGAGUCGCCUUACAGCCCUGAAAUGCUGUGCCAUGAUGGUGCAGGUCGGAUCUGCAACCUUGUGGAAGUGGAACUCGAUGGUGGAGUCUGUACUGGCGAGGGUGGGUCUACCCAAAACAGCAGCAAGCAGACCCCUGAACCACUUCCGCCGUUUAGGUGCCACCCCUACACCUUCAUGCCCAUAAAGGGUGGACGAACGGAUAGACCCGUUGAAAAGUCUUACCCGUAUGCCCGUCCCUUUGACCCUAAGCUUGAGCAGUUUUCCUGCUCGGCGCCCACCUUUGCCAUGUCUCCCUUUGGCCACAGUGACGCGCCUCCUCUGGCCCGCUGCACAGUCCAGGCCGACUUUGCCCAGGGUUUGGAUGGGAGGUCAGCUUUGAGCUCCCUAUCGCACUUGAUGGCUUGCGCAGCAGGGCUCGUGGACCCCAAGCCGGCCGCGCGGGAGAUCAGCGCUGUCUUCCGCAGAACCUUGUUCACAUGCUUCUCUCCAUGGGCCAAGCGCCGUGAUCGGCAGAAUCGUUUCUCAUUGACCGAGGGGGCCAUCUUUGUGCCAACGACGAGCAUUGAGCAGAAGCUUGUGAAAAAUAUUCUCGGCAUGUUCCGGGCCUGGGUAUUUUCCAGCAGCAGCCUGGUUCCAGCCCCGGGCUGUGCAGAUGCGAGCGGUUACCCGGGCCUCUUUGCAGGGCCUGCCUCUGUCUUUGCACACGAGGAAUCCAUGCACCUCGAGAUCGAAACACGCAGAGGCAAGAAGUUGGGGUCAUGCUUCUUGGCGACGUUGAUGCGUAUGGCUUUUUGUGAAGCCAGGAUGGCCAGCGGCAUGUCGCAGCUGAUGAAGCGUGUGGUCAGGUUUUUGUGGGGUUGGCACUCACCAGCCCUGACCAGGCCAGAAUACAGCUCGUUCAACCGAGGAUGUUUCAUUGCCGACGAAGCCGCCAUCAAACAAACUUGGGAGGCGAUGGGUGCUUCGGGCCUUCGUUUGCGCUUGUUUUGCAGAAAUGUGGUCAAGGCUUCUUCGCAACUUCACGUGACAGACGCCAGUGGAUGGUUCGUGAGCCAUGCUGAAGAUGACCUUUCGACGCUCCAUUUGCAGAACGAUGCACGGCUUUGGGCAACUGCGAAAGACCUGGCAAGGCACAGGCACGUGCUUAGUCAAGCCGCCUUCCAAAAGCGGCAAACCAGUCUCGGAAUGAGGUAUGCGCCUCACGGUGUGCUUUUCGAUGGGACUCUGGAGAGCGAGGUUUUCCCCAUCUCCUGGACCAUGUUCGACUGGAUGCAUAACUUUCUCGUAUCUGGUAUUUUCCAAGUCGAGGAAUUUGCUCUUAGAUGUCCUCAAGGCCGGGGCUUUCUCAUCUGUGGGGCUGUCGCCCAUUUGCUCGUCCUUCUCCACUGCCGUGACUCCUGCAAUCCGAAGCUCUCAGUGUACCCAGCUUUGCGAGGAUUCUUGGAAGACUUGCAACCUCAGUUCCCUAACCGGCGGAUGUUGUUGGCAGCUGAGUGCUUUUAUCGUCUCUGCGAUGUGCUGGACUUGCUGUCCCGCGCAUCCACAGGUCACCUACAGGGCAGCGAUUUGCGCCGCGCCGUGCUGCAGCAUUUGCGCAGCUUUAAAGCCCUCUACGGCGAAGACAGGCUCCUGCCGAAGGAGCACUUCAAUGUGCAUCUGCGCGACAUGCUGGAACGGCAUGGGGCUCUGUUUUCGUGCUUCGUGCACGAGCGGCGGCGCAAGGAACUGAAACGGUACGCGACGUACGCGAACCAGCUGACGUCCAUGACUUCUGGAUCGGAGGAACAUGUCAUGGAGCUGGCGCUGGAGAAGAAUUUCCAGUCCCUGGAGGAGUAUACUGAGAAUGAGUCGCCUUACAGCCCUGAAAUGCUGUGCCAUGAUGGUGCAGGUCGGAUCUGCAACCUUGUGGGAGUGGAACUCGAUGGUGGAGUCUGUACUGGCGAGGGUGGGUCUACCCAAAACAGCAGCAAGCAGACCCCUGAACCACUUCCGCCGUUUAGGUGCCACCCCUACACCUUCAUGCCCAUAAAGGGCGGACGAACGGAUAGACCCGUUGAAAAGUCUUACCCGUAUGCCCGUCCCUUUGACCCUAAGCUUGAGCAGUUUUCCUGCUCGGCGCCCACCUUUGCCAUGUCUCCCUUUGGCCACAGUGACGCGCCUCCUCUGGCCCGCUGCAUAGUCCAGGCCGACUUUGCCCAGGGUUUGGAUGGGAGGUUCGUUUUCUCCCAACAAGGACUGCAACUCUCUGGCCGAGGCUUUGUUACUGCAGAUAAAGGCGGUUUUGGUGGUGCUGACCAUUAG